AUAAGUGGCUUUGGCUUGACACAGGAUUGUUUCCCUAACUAAAGAUGGCGGCCUUUGCCUCACGCGGGGUACUGGCAGUGUAAUGCCCUCUUUCCAGCCCGAUCUGAACGUGGAACGCGCCUACCUAAUGGAUCCCGAGUGUGCCCAGCUGCUCCCCCAUGUUUGUGCCAUACUAGUUGACAAAAGUUCACUUAUAUCAGAUGACUCCAUCUUUCAAAAAUUACAGGACUGGUUCAAGUCUUUGGCUAAAACAGUACAAGUUGAUAAAUUAUUGGAAGAGAAUCAAUGUAUCGUAGGAAUACUUGAAAGGGUCUUGAAUAUGGAAUACAAGGAUAAUAAUCUCUAUGCAUUUACAAUGAGACUGACCGGAAUUUUGGCAGCCUCUGAAGAGGGAUUUGAUUAUCUGCAGAGGAAAAAUAUUGUGGAAGAUUAUUUUGGAGCAUUUACAUUGACCAGUUUGAUCUGGGAGAACAUUAAUGUGAAAAUGGCCUGGAUUGACGGGUUGCUUGAUAUGAUCCAGCACAAAAUCGCACUUCACUUUUUGCAGACGAUUGGAGGCAUGCAGGUGAUUAUAAACCUACAGAAGGACAGCAGCAUGUUUGUUGCCUGUGCAGCCAAUAACCUAAUGGCUCACGCUUUCAUUACCAGUGCCAAGAUAGAUGGAGAGCCAGGCAUGGCCAAUAUAACUGAUUUGUCAGACAAUGCGUGCUUGUUACUGAGUCAUCUGGUGCAAUCGCUCAGUUCUGGCUGUCCUUCCAUUACAAGCCAAGCAAUGAAAACGCUGGCGGGGAUUUUUAAAGGCUGCACGGAUGUAUUGGCUGAAAUUGUGUGGUGGGACAUUAUGAACAGUAUCAAUUCUCUUCUGGACCAGAAUCCUGUCCGGAAUGUUGUUAAUUUAGAAGAGAUGCUCCUUAAUGCAAUCAGGAUUCCUGUCUUUCAAAAUACAAAUUGCAACCUGUGGGUCACUGUGAAAAAAGCACUUAAAAAUAUGCAUAUGACUCGGUCUAUUUCUCUUGCUGCUGAAAUUUUGAAGCUGGGUAACUGUCCACAGGAUGUCAAUCUGCAAGCAAUGUCUGUGUUUCUUUAUCCAUUUCAUUAUGUAUUGAAAAUGUCUGCUACUCACUGCAAACAUCCAGGUAUGGAGAAUAACCCAUUGUAUCAGCCAGUAGACGCGGAGUACGUUAUGGCCAUGAAAUCGUCCUGUAUUCCUGUGCUUGGCUUGUGUCUUCGUCAGGUCAGGGAGCUCUGUGAAAUGAACAGUAUCAAAGUGGAGAUACCUCACCAGCCUGUGCUGAAUUCCAUUGUGACAUUACUGCAGUUCUGCAUCGGUCAAGCAGCCAGCGAAUUAUCUUCAGGGUUGAGUUUCAGUAAGAAAAUGAUUGGUUGCCUACGAGUGCAAAAGGCAGCGUUGGAUGCCAUCCAAGCUCUUUCACAUUGGACAAUGAAUAAAGAGUCCCUAGAACAGACAUACAAUGUGCUGUUUGCCUAUCUCGAGAAUAGUGGCUCGGAUGUAACGAUUAUAAAGAAGACUCUCCAGGCCUUAUUAAAAUGGCUGCGGGUAUCUUCAGAGCCAGAACACAAUGAGUCCUGGGAGCACAGCAUUCAUUUUCUAAACACCCUGUGGCCUUUAAUAGUAAAACGCCUUUGCAGCCCAAACUGGGAACACCGUGACACAAUGCUAGAAUUUGCUGCAGAACUUGUAGACACCCUCCAAGACCGCGAGAGUUUCAAACAAGCUAUUAGGGCUUCAGGUAUUCCUCAGCUGGUCUUGGAUCUGCUAAAGGAUCCAGAGAGUUAUGUUCGAUCAAGUGCUGUGAGCUGCUUGGGAAGGCUAGUUACUAUUGAUAACCUGCACCUAAGAUUGGAAGAUACCAUGUCUACAGAAACAUUGAAAAGAGAGAUCCUUGUGCCAAACUUCCUGAAUAUUUUAUCUGAAGAUACUGAUGCUUUUCCCAGAAGAGCUGCAAUGAAGGUAUUUGUUGAAUGGCAAAAGUUGGGCUAUAUCCAGACCUUUCAUGAACCAGAGAAGCUGCUUUUUAGGAUCCUGCAUGUGGCAAAGGAAGACUGUGACUGGGAGGUGAAAGUUAAUGCUCUGGAACUGGCCAAUAUCUUUGUAGAUAAAACAUUUGAAACACGUGUUGCCAACCGUUGUCCGUACACGGUAGGGUUACCUACCAACACAAGUAUUUCUGGAAUAUCUGAAAUGGUUAAACAAUGUGAUCAAGUAGGGCUUUUUCCAUGUCUGUUGGAUGCCCUUUGUGACUGUGAUAGGAUGGUGGCAUUGAAAGCCUGUGAAAUUCUCUUGUCCUUGAAGUCAAAGUUGGAUGGUGAAGACACUUGCUCCAGUAAUUCAGAACUUAAUGGCAUAGAAUGGCUGGAGGGUAAUUUGAGGAACUGGCGCCUUCAAAGCCAACAUGGAGCACUUACAAUUGAUACACAAGACAAGACCUGGGCAAGAGACAUCCUUAACAAAAUAGAUUUGGUUAGCAUAGAGAGUUCUCUAUCAAUGGGUAGUAGCUAUAGUGACCAAACACCGCAGUCCCUGCUACAGGAUAUUCAAACUGCAUUGUGGGGAGGGGACGAACAAGAUGCUGAUUGUUAUUAACCUUUGGAUGUCCAACAUCAAUCUUUGUAUUUCUCUAGUCCAAAAUGGCGUUUAUAGCUACAGGUGUCACUGCCAGUUUUAUGUCCUUAUAUAUAUAUAUAUAAGUCAUGCAACACCACAAAUAUGGCCCCUGAAACACACUAUUUGUUUCUUCCUUAAUUAAGUGGCCCAUUCUCACAAUCCUUAGUAUGUUGCUAGUUAUAUGGGAUGCCACGUCAACUGUGGUUACCAUCCUGAAGAAGGUAAAAGUUAGUUUUAGUUAGUUGCGUUUCUAUAAUUUGUCUGUUUUCUGUUUGUGUAUAUAAAAUUGCCUUUUUAUUAUGUAUUUUUGCAACCACUAUUUUUUUUUAGUUACCAUACUUUCUAUGGUUUGAGAAGAGUAGGAAGAAAUACAUUAAAUAUGACUGAAACUGGUGUACAUUUAUAAGCAGGUU